AUGGGUGCGCAGCUGUGCACAAUCAAGUGUGACUCCAAGCCUAUUGAAAUCUUGCAGCACACGACGCCAUGGAAAUCCACCCGGACGAGGCUAUCCGAUACAGCUAAAAGUCUCAAACACUUCAUCGACAUCGUGCAUGAUGCGACCCCCGAAGAUAUUGACCGAGAACAAGUCAAGGCGAUCCUCAAGUCGAAGAAUUUUCACGAGCUGCCGGAACCAAUGCGGUUGAAAAAAAUCCCCCCCUUCGAGUAUAAAUCACAGUAUUUCCUCAUUCCGCAACUCAACGGCAAGAUUACCGUCCUGACGCACUACGUCCUUGGCCAAACCAAAACCUCCGGGGCCGUUGUUCAGACACUAACCCGGGGUACAGGCUAUGAGAUCGCUUGGGGCAGUGGGAACAAAGUCGUGGAACGCAAAGCUCUGCAAUGGAUGUUGGAGCAAAUGGGCGGUACUCAAUAUACAUACUUUUCACUCUCAAGUGAGAAGAAACGACCCGCUUCAUCAUCGGUCUUGAGCAUAUCGAAUGACGAGGAGCAGGAUGCAGGAUGGGAUUUCAUCAUCAACGAAGGGGAGCGGGACAAGGGUGAGUUGAGGCAACUUCGUUGGAUUCACAGGCACAUCAAUCGGGAAGGCUCGCCGAUCAAGGGAUGGCCCGAAAAGCUUGUUCAGCGAGCCCUUGACAGCCUUGCUAACGACGGGUGUUUGGCUUCACUGACCACCAGGUACGACCUCACCAUGCAGGAUUUCGAGCCAGUGUUCGUGCAGGGUGUCAUGGAAACGGUAGUCCCAUACCUACUGGAUCACAGUUUGUGGCUUUUGGGCGAACCGGGGAAGGGCAAAACGCCACUGGCACGCACGCUCGCCAUGGCAUUCAGCAGAUACCACGGCGGCAAAGGCUCAUUCAGAAGCUCAUCGGAUUUCGAUUUCUUCCGAGGGUUGCCUUUCAACAAAACUAUUCCGGCAUUGUACGACGAUGGGGACAUUUCGGACGAAUCAAUCAAGAAAAAGAAGGCGUUUUGUGAUGUAGGCGAUACGGAAGGCAUUCUCAAAGAACGCUGGACGGCCGCAAAGUUCACGAAGCACCAACUCCGCAUCAUCAUCGACAACUCGUACAACGACAAGGACAUCCCCAGCAUGCCGCAGCAGGAAAUUGACCACCAUGAUUUCAUCAGCAUCGUCCGUCCAGCGAUCGGCCAUAUCUCCGAUGCAGACACUCGUGCUAUCCUCAAACGCAGUGUGUUCAUAGUCUUCGGCCGCGACUCCAUAUUCAUUCGACUCCCCUCCGAACGGGUUACAAGUGUCACUCGAUUCCGAUGGCAUUUGAAGGACAUUCUUUCGGAUGAGAGCAAGCCCCGGUUCUCCAAUUACAAGCUUGAUGGUCCGGUGCCCCCCGACUACCAGAACAGGGUCGACACAGAGCAAGCUUGGCUACAUGAAGCUAUUCGCCGUCAUCAAGCCGUGAACACCGUAGAGCAGCACAACAACAUGCCCGGCCCCAACGCCCCACCACCAGGGGUCAGAAUCAAGAUGGAGCCCGAUGAAUUUGCAGACGCAAACGAAGGACUCGCAAACAUGUGCAACGGGGAGGCGCUAAGUGCAGACAGUCCAGAGCCUCCUGCCCCAAAGACCCCACCCAGCAAAGUCAAGCAAGAGCAGCAAGAGCAAUUCGAUCAGUCAUACGCGCGCUUUCUUCUUGCGAGUUCUGCCUUCAGCCGUGCCUUGGGCCCCAGUGGUGUCAUUGAGCUCUCUCCCUCAACAUCCGUGCAUCGCAGCAGUCAAGCCUCGCAUGUUACAGAAACCCAAGCGGAUAUUCCCAACCCAUUGUUUCCCGGAGUGGAUGACGACGACGACGACGUCGAUGAAAUGGACGUGGCAUCGGGGGAGGAAGCGAUGAAAUCGCCACCAUUCCCUUGUCCGAAACGUGGCAAGCAGCGUGUACAGAAGCGAGCCAUGAAGCAGAAGUAUGUGCAGGUACCGUAUGUUCGGCAUGGAAUCCAGACAACCAAGAACAAAGGGCAUCGUGAUCGAUGGGGUCUUUCAGUGCACACACUGUUGUCCAUGACCGGUCGCAGUCUAAUCCGAAAGCUCGUCACGGACAAGAUCCUUCCCAAUUGGUCUGGUCAUGACUGUCCUCGGUGUGGUCAUGGUACUUUGGGUUCGUUGUCGUAUGUCAAAUCCAAGAAAGUAUGGGGGUACAGAUGCGGCCAUCGUGGAUGCAACAAGCUACUCUUGGCCCAUGACUUCCACCCGAUCUUUUUCAAGGGCAGCGGGAAUUCCAUCACAGAUCUUGGUCAUCAAGCUGCGGCACUUUAUUGUGCGGUUGCAGGCGUUUCCUCACAAUCUGCGCAUCUCAUCCUCGACCUUGACCAUAAAGCCGUAGAGCGGAUCUACACAAAUGUCGACACAUCUCGAGCUCGUUAUGUUCAGUUGAAGGAGAAGGAAAUCCGUUACGGAGGCAAGUGGGAGGACGUAGAGGUUGACGAAGUGGAUGUGGGAAAGCUCACGGACAACACUACAACAAGCACAAAGAAUACGGUUUGGGAACAGUGGGGAGGUUUGGUUGAACGCGGGAAGGUUGUCCUCCAUAGCGAUGGCGCCCGUGCCUACAAGCUCAAGGUUCCCGGUGUGAUGCAUUGCAACGUGAUUCACAAGAAGAAAAAAGUCAAAGUGGAUGGGAAGGUUCGAUGGGUGAAGCCGCACUACACGAAGGUUUACUCCCUCAAGAUGCCCACCGGAGACCAGAUGAAAGUCAAGAGUGGCACUCAAAUUAUCGACCGUUUUUGGGGCUUGUUGCGGUCCCACAUUAAGCACACCGCCCGCACCCCCGGUAGCCCCAUUCUCACCCGAAAGAUCCGCUCAGCUCAGUUUGAGUACUGGUUUAGCCGGUGCAAUAUGUGGAAGGCUACCGGCAAAAUGCUGGACACCUUGUUUACGGAGUCGUGA